UAACUUUUAGCCAAGGAGCAACAUCUGGAGCCCAAAUGCUGAUGUUAAAGGAAUAUCUGCUGGAGAACACUUCUUAGUCUUGGGUGGAGGAAGCAGUCAAGGAGAAAAAAUGUGAAGCAGAAGUGUAUUUAUUUUUUGGUACCUUUACAUAUGCAGUGUUACCCGUGUCCAUGAAAUUAAUUCCAAGUACCUUGAGCAUAUAUGUCUUUACUGUAAAGUUAAGCCCAUUUUCCUUUGCAAUUGAAAAAAAAAAUAUUCUGCCAAAGGAAGGUAUUGAAGAAAAGAUGUUGUAUGUUUGUAAUGAAAGUGCUAUUUUGACCCCUGCAAGAUGUUGCAGCCACUUCUGAUAGCAGCUAGAAGUAAUUAUAGACACCCCACAUUUGUAUAUGAGGCAUCAGCUUGAAGAGGCUGGUCAAAUAAGUGGGCAGAAAAGAUGCUUUACAUAUAAGCAGCAUUAGUGUUUAUUUUGUCCUCAUUCAGGAAAACAGAAGAAAUAGCCUAAUCAUGUAACAUCUCAGGGGCUCAUUAAGAAAAAAAAUCCUGCCCUUGUAGCUUAUGUUUUGCCUCUUAUGACUACAGAAAGCCUUCCUCAGUCACAUGCUUGCUUUUAGUAAGAAGUUGUAAUAGAUGUAUCAUAAUUUUAUCCUGCUUCUUCCAGUGAAAUUAUUGGAUUUGUUGAAAACAGGUAUUUUCCUUGGCAUCUGAUGACAAAUGACCUAAUGCUUCCAAACUGCAUUAGCUGUGCCAUGGCAUAUUGAACAUAAUCCAUCAUUUUUUCUCACAGUGGUUCCCAUCAGCAGAUUUUCUUGUGUACCUAUUGCAGAGAAUUACAGGGGUUCAGAUCUAAUGUCCAUACUACUCUGAUACAGCCUUUGUCUGUGGUGAUUUUAAUUCUCAAAAGUAUGGAAUUUUAUUUUAGCAUCCAUAUAAUUUUCAUACUUGGAAAACUAAAGUCUGCAUUUGAAAUGCCUGAUGGGUGUUCUUAUUGCCCUGAUAAUUUGGUUCAGACAACACUGCCAUCAGCAUUCAAGAAUGCUAAGCAAACAAGAAAUUAAAAUGAGGAAAAUUGACAGCACAAAAGUACGGCCACUUAAAUCUGAGCAGCUGCUUCGCAUAGAGGAUCAUGACUUUGCACUCAGACCUGGAUUUGGAGGGUCACCAAUACCUGUGGGCAUUGAUGUGCAGGUAGAAAGCAUUGACAGCAUAUCUGAAGUUGACAUGGACUUCACAAUGACUUUAUAUCUCAGACAUUACUGGAAGGAUGAGAGACUUUCAUUUCAUAGUAACAAAAACAAAAGUAUGACUUUUGAUGGAAGACUGAUAAAAAAGAUCUGGGUACCUGAUAUAUUUUUUGUACACUCCAAAAGAUCAUUCAUCCAUGAUACAACUGUGGAAAAUGUCAUGCUCCGAGUAUACCCUGAUGGCAAUGUACUCUUCAGUCUACGAAUAACAGUUUCUGCUAUGUGUUUCAUGGAUUUCAGUAGGUUUCCUCUGGACACCCAGAAUUGCUCUUUAGAACUGGAAAGCUAUGCAUACAAUGAAGACGAUCUGAUGUUAUACUGGAAACACGGAAACAAGUCUCUGAGCACAGAUGAGCACAUCUCCCUCUCCCAAUUUUUCAUUGAAGAAUUCAGUGCUUCCAGUGGACUAGCUUUUUACAGCAGUACUGGUUGGUACAAUCGACUUUUUAUAAACUUUGUGCUUCGGAGACAUAUUUUCUUUUUUGUGCUACAGUCCUACUUCCCCGCCAUGCUGAUGGUGAUGCUGUCUUGGGUUUCAUUUUGGAUUGACAGAAGAGCCGUUCCUGCCAGGGUAUCACUAGGUAUAACUACAGUGCUGACAAUGUCAACCAUCAUGACAGGAGUAAGUGCCUCAAUGCCUCAAGUGUCUUACAUAAAAGCUGUGGAUGUGUAUUUAUGGACCAGCUUCCUUUUUGUCUUCCUGUCAGUCAUUGAAUAUGCAGCAGUGAACUAUCUCACCACAACUGAAGAGAGAAAGCAACUAAGAAAACGGGGCCAGGCUUCAGGAAUGUAUAGUAUUGCUGCUGUGCAAGCAAUGGCUUUUGAUGGCUGCUUUCAUGACACGGAUGUGGACAUGGACCUGACUGCUUUUUCAGACAGCUGUGAAGAGAAUGAGACUCGGGCACGUGCAGCCAGUGCCUCCAAUGUAGACACAGCUCACAUAAAGAGGAAGAGAUCUCUGAAGGGAAGUGUGGGCAGGAUUAUUUUACAGAACAAUCAUGUUAUUGACAAAUAUUCCAAGAUUGUAUUUCCCAGUGUGUAUAUUGUGUUCAACUUUUUUUACUGGGGUUUGUACAUAUGAACAAAACCAAUUAUAAGCUAGACAUUAGU